GCAUUUUCCGCCGUCAACUCGGAGCUUUCCGAGCCCCAGGUAUGCUGCUGCAGCUGCCUGAUCCGCCGACUCGUGUUCAAGCCGCACACUUCGCUAACCCGCCGUCAUGUCAAAAGCGGCCGGUCUGUUCCGUCCCCGCCGCAGUCUGCCGAUGCCUUCGCCGAGCCUGUGAUACCCCCAAACGUGUGCGAGUGCGCGGCGGUGCCGCAAAAGUUCUCAACUCGGCCCGACGAAGAAACUUCGCUGCCGCCCCCCUCAGCUAAAACAUCCUGGUCGUCGGCUUGUCGGAGAGUAGCCUGUCUCCAUCGUCACUCCUCCAAACUGUGAUACAAACAAAGACUUUCCCAAGUCUCGCCACUUCCAAGUUCUUCCGACAUGAUCCUGAGGAGACCGGUGUCCUUCUACUUCGUGCUCAUCCUCGUCACGGCACCUUUCUUCACGCUGUUCUUCAUGAUGCAAAAACCGGACAUGUCGCAAGAGAUGGUCCUUGUCCAACGGCUCGCUGAACUCCAGGAGCGUCUGAAGCACGCCGAGAUGCUGAACCACCAGCGCUGGGAGGACGUACUCAGUCUCCAGCGGGACCUGGGCAACCGCAACGGCACCGGGGAAGGGACCCUGCUGGACCUUCAGCUGCCCGCCAUCUACAACUUCUUGCCGCACCUGGCCAAUGGACCGGACGCCAUCAGGCCCGCCCUGAAGGUGUCCAAGGGCCGUACCGGAGCGACAAUGGUAUUAGGCAUCCCCACCGUGAAGCGGGAGGUGCAGAGCUACCUGAUGGGAACGCUGCACAACCUCAUCGCCAACAUGAACCCCAACGAGAGGGAGACGUCGCUGAUUGUCGUCCUCAUCGCUGAGACUGACUUGGAGUUUGUUAACAAGCAAGCAGCUGAGAUACAAGAAGAACUUCAUGAGCACACGGAAAGUGGUCUGCUCGAGAUUGUGGCGCCACCUGCGUCCUACUAUCCAGACAUGGAUCGUCUAAGGGAGACCCUGGGCGAUCCCUUGCAGCGUGUGAAAUGGAGGGCAAAGCAGACUUUGGACUUUGCAUAUCUUAUGAUGUAUGCUCAGAGCAGGGGAACAUUUUAUGUGCAGCUUGAGGAUGACAUCCUGAGCAAACCGGGCUACAUCAGCAAGAUGCGUGAGAGCGCCUACAAGCAAGUCAGCCUGAAGAGGCACUGGCUGAUCCUCGACUUUUGCCAGCUUGGAUUCAUAGGCAAGAUGUUCAAGUGUGUGGACCUGUCCAAGUUCGUGGCCUUCUUUCUCAUCUUCUACAACGACAAGCCGGUCGAUUGGUUGCUUGACAACAUGAUGAUCACCACGGUGUGCCGCAGUGAUAAAGAUCAGAAAGACUGUAGGAAGAGGAUAGAGAAUGUCUGGAUCCACUACAAGCCGUCUUUGUUCCAGCAUGUGGGCAUGCAUUCCUCUCUGAAGGGCAAAGUGCAGAAGUUGAAGGACCACCAGUUUGGGAAACUGGCGAUGUUUGUGGCCCACCAGAACCCAGAAGCUCGCGUGAGCACCACACUCAAGUCGUACAGGACAUUUACCAUCACGAGGGCCUACAAGGGAAUCUCUUACUUCUGGAGUUUGGGGCCUCAAAAGGGAGACAACAUCACGUUCCAGUUCACGCCUCCGGUGCAGAUCGAGAGUUUCCUGUUCCGCAGUGGAAACCCCGAGCACCCGAAGGACAGGUUCUUCAACACGACGGUGGAGGUGCGGCUGGACUACGAGCCCCUCCUCCUGUCCGCGUUUCCGAGGACGGCCGAUGGCUUUUACGUCGUCGGCAGCUUCAAGGAGUCCAACGGUGUCGCGGAGCGCGUGUUGCCAGCGGACCUGGGCGCCGUGAGCGUCCUCCGGCUGAAUGUCCAGUCCGACUCGGAUCACUGGGCCAUCCUCAGCGAGAUCUGGAUAAAAGUCUUCAAAAAUGGCCAGAACGACACAAACCUAUCCCUGAAGCCCGUGCGGUGAUGUCACACGGUUCUGGGAUGAAAGCGGGACUUCAAUCUUAAUUUUUAUUCUCCUGUGAAGUGCCCUAGGGACCGUGCAAUAAUUUACUCAUUGUGAGGCAUGGUGACAGUGAGCAGAGUCACCAGCAGCAUAGGUGCCUUCCCUGCUUGUCACCACAGAGAGACGAUAGCUUGACUGCAAUCGACACUUCAGGCCCCGAGUGAUUCAUGUGGGUACUGCGGCAGAACGCACUGCGCAGUGUCAUCCGAACCACUAGUGACUUUACGGUGACUAAGCUCGACGACUAGGAAGAGUGAACAGCCUCGAAUUCAGAAAUCACACCGGCACUGUGUAUUCUUUCCAGCAUAUCUGCGCCGCUAAACAGUCGUGGUGCCUGGUGUGGAUCGUCUUUCGUGAAGUGACGUGUGACUCCAUCGAAUAUUGGUCGCUUGUUUGAACGACCUGACUCGUUUAUGCGUCUUUUCUAUUGCUUUUUGUUUUCUGGUCAACCGCUUAGCUUAAUAUAAUGGUUGCUAAGAAAUAGUAUACCACAGCCACAAAAGCUCUUUACUGGCUGUAUAAAAUUGCAGAUCGUUAUCGAGGCUGGAAGGCACAUUUUCGAAGGAGACCAAUCUGUCUAAAAAUGCCUUUAGUGAAUGCUUGGUUCACCGUGAACAUAGCUAGAGCACAGCUCGAAAUAAUGUAGCUUUUGGUUUUAACUUUAGGCUUCCUGAUGGCAGGACAGGAAACAAUGCAUCUCAUAUAGCCAGGGCACCAUUCAUCACCAUCCAUCGCUGUAGCUACCAGAAAUCAAAUGUUUUCUGCUGGACGUAUUGUUUACUUCCAGUAGCUCAUAGCAGCAGGAUAGGCCUUUAAUUGAACGGUUGGUCUGAGAUACUGGCAGCGUAUUGCCUUUGUCCGUUUGUGCCUAGUCACAAAUGACUGGCAGCGUAACGUUUGCUAGGAAAAGGGGAUCGAGUCUAUGCGAUGGACGAAUGCAGUAUGGUUUCUGUUUUGGUGCGAAAGGUGUGGGUGCAGUCAGAGCACCGGAGGGCUUCUAUGCAAUGCAUAUCUUGGACUGUGGCAGCAUGCAGUUGAUACAGCUGCACGUUGUGUAGGCGAUGAGGCAUGUUACUUAAGUUUUUAUGCAUGAAAGUGAAGUGUCCAGUUUGUUUCAGGCAUUCCAGCAUGUGGUUCUGAUUGCCAAGUGUGUGAAAGAUAACUCUGUUUUUUUAGAGUAAUCUUUAAUGCUGCUUUUUUUACCUCCCAGAAUGUCAGGCGUCAGUUGCUCGCGGCUAAAAUUUGCAGUUUUAAUAUUUAGAGCUCAAGGGUCGGCGUACACUUCAUCCUUUUCGCUUUUUUCUUUCCUUCUUUCAGAAAUCCUUACUUUGCUUUUCCUUUCUGCGUAUAUGUUCUGCCUCGCAGAAGGUAGAGUUUGUGCCUCGGCCUAAUAACCAAUCGGGUAAUGUUUGGCCGUAAUUGGAAUGUCCAGUUUCAUAGUGUGCCUAGUCAAAUUUACUAUUCAGAAUGAAACACUAUAUUGCACCUAGACUUCUACAGUAUGAAAUAGAUAUAUGAAAACUUUGUACAGUUAGGAAUUUCUCUUGCAGCUUUUAGCAUGUUUUGACGGCACGGCAUCGGACAGUAUGCAGGUUUUAAGUUUUAUUUUUAAAAUGUAAAAGUGUUCAACGUUUUAAGGCUAAUGCUGUGUUUUCUUACUGGAAAUUGGCUAUCGUCAAUGUAUACCACACUGGCUGUCCUAUGUUGAGGUGCUGACUAUACUGGAGAUAACAUUAUUUUACAGAACAGAGUAUGCUCGCGCCUUGUUUACCAACUCUGGUUCGCUUUAGGUGCUAGCAGAGUUAAAGUUGCAAGCACUAGCAUUUUGCCAAGAACAAUGCUUGCAUUGUAUGAGCGCACAUGCUAGAUGCUUGGCAGGGGCACUGAAAGCCUGUUGUAGGUUCUGCUGUGUUCACACUAAAAGGGAAACAGGGUGGGGUAUAUACAAGUUAUUCAAAGGUGGCCGUCUCAGAAUUGUUUUGGCUGGCAUCACUGCUAGUUAAUCUCUGGAACACUGGCACUGCCCGUGUGUUUAUUAGUGUGAAUACCUUAUCUGAAGCCUUGAAAACUGGCAGUUCAAGGACGUGCGUCUGUGCUGGGCUUUGAAAUGCCGGAGAUAUUUUGGAAGAUCUGAUGCCUUCGUUCUUUGUAAGCGUUCCACUUCCUCCUUUCUUUCUAGGGCGUUUGCAAUUACAGAUGAGAACACGUCGCAACACGUUUCUAGAUGAAGCGUCGUGUCUAACUCGCACGGAUUGGUGUGCACGUUCGCAGGUCUAGAACGUUAGCUACAUAAUGAGCCAUUUCAAAGUGCCUUCGACCAAACUAGCACUCUUUAAGGUUGCACUAAGCUGGAGCCUUGUUCCUUCGGUACAAAAUGCAGUGAUGCGCACAUUGCUGUUUUAUCCUUUCACAUUACACCUGUGCUUCGAGGCUCGCCUAGUUUCUAUGGAUUUGAUCAUUCACACCAUACACUAGAGUGCAACUCAAAAAAUUUAUCUUUUUACAGUUAGUGGCUUAGAAAGUCUAAAAUUUUCACACUUAUAUUUAAAGCAUGAGCAUAAAAAGUUAUCAGAUAUUGCAGUAAUUUCCAUUACAAGUUAUGGUUACUUCCCAUUUCGGUACUUGGCAAUACGUACAAUUAUCUCCCUGCUGAGGCAUCAGAACUCUUGUGUAGUUAUAUGCAUUUGCUCUAUGUUGAUGCUUGGUUAGGUGUUGCAUGCACUGCUUUCUGAUUCAGUUUAUGUUAGCUUAGCCGAAUGUUUGAUUUGGAAAAGCUCUAUUGAAGGUUCAGCAAGAUCAAGUGUUUCAAAAUCCCGUGUUAGGUUUCUCAAUGUGUUAGUGCUGAGUUCAGUCGCCGAACGUGACUGGUUCUAUUGGGCAUGCAUUAGGAAGCUGUGGUCAGAAUUAUAUUUAUUACAAGGCUGCUGUUGUGUUUCAGUAUCAAAGGAUAAGGAUAAGCUUUCCUUAUGCUUAAAGACUCCCUGACAUAAUUUGCAAAAAUGUCUUUGAACAAUGUUUUUCGUAGGGAGCAAGUCUGGUGGUUUGUGCAGUGUGUGAGGUGCUGCUUAAAAGUGUUUGUGUGAGAUGAAAUCUUCAAAAAGGACUACCAAAGAAAUGUUUGUUUAUUGUAACGAGGGCCGGUACUUAAUAGUGCAGAAAAGAUACAUUUUAACUAGAUUUCUUUAUGCAAAUGAGUAUUGCGGUUUCCAUGACAGCGCUGCUAUAGCUGAAGUACAGUUUGGUUAUUAAAUGCAAAAAUUUAUUGAA